AUGGAAAGCGGACAUUCCUACAUGGAAGUAGACAGCAUGCAUAGCACCAUAGAAUCGGCCAAAAAAAAUGUUCUAGUUUACACUAUGCAGGAUUGGCUAACUAUUUGUCGUCUUGCUCGUUCAAAUAGACACAAUAAAAAAAUGUUCAACCUACACAGUGCAAGAACUGAAGUACACAGAUUUUUUGGAUUUAAAAAGCUUGGCAAAUCAGAUAAUGAAAAAUCGUUCCUUGGAUAUAAAAGGCAAUAA